AUGGCCACCGAUCCACUCGAUGACCUCCUCGAACUCGAGAAUGACUAUUACAAAGAAGGCUAUGAUGCCGGUGUGGCUGAUAGUACCUAUGCCGGUUUGAUCGAAGGCAAGGUAUUUGGCAUUGAGAAAGGGUACGAGAAAGCCUUGGAACUGGGCAAACUACAUGGCCGGGCUCUGGUUUGGCGAGAACGAUCAUCCUUCUCGGUGAAAGAGGUGCCCGAGGAAUCUUCCACACCAGAAAAUUCUGAUUCUUCGAGGCUGGGAGACAUCAUCAAAACUCUUUCGCAGCUAUCAGACAACACCCGCUUCCGAAGGCACGUAGAGGGUCUGCGCACUGCUUCUGACAGCGCGACCAUUGCCAAGGACAACUCGGACGAAGCAGUGACAGAGUUUGACGACCGAGUUGCGAGGGCGAAAGCAAAGGCCAAGGUCAUUGCGAAUAUUGUUGGAGAAUCACUCAACUCAACCUCGGCCUCAAAUGUGGGCAUUGAAGAUGCCACUGGCCUGCAAGCUCGACACUGA